AUGAUUUUCACUCAUUUUUUCAGGGCCUUUCUGGCCGCGGCGAUGUUUAUCUCGGUCGCCAGCCUGACGGUUCCAUCUAUACAUGGCGAUACCCUCAACCUUCGCCAGGAUAGUGGUGAGAAGCUUGUCUUUUGUCACUUCAUGAUCGGCAUUGUUGGUGCGAGAAGCUCGCCCAGCGAGUAUGAUGCGGACAUGCAGAACGCCAAGGCAGCUGGCAUCGACGCCUUUGCUCUCAAUAUUGGCGUCGACCCUUAUUCCGAUGCUCAGCUCGACUUGGCUUACCAGUCCGCUGCCAACAACGGCAUGAAGGUCUUCAUUUCCUUCGACUUCAACUGGUACGGCACUGGUGAGGCAACUCGUGUCGGCCAGAUGAUCGCCAAGUAUGGCUCUCGUCCCGCACAGCUCAUGGUCGACGGCAAGGCGUUUGCGUCUUCGUUUGCAGGAGACGGACUGGAUGUGGGAGCCAUGCGCAGUGCUGCCGGUAUUCCCGUCUUCUGGGCACCCAAUUUCCAUCCCGAAUCUGGCACAGACUUCAGCGUUCUUGACGGUGCGCUCAACUGGCUCGGCUGGCCCAAUAACGGAAACAAUAAGGCUCCCGACGCGCGAGGCAACGUUUCAGUCCAACAGGGCGAUGCAACAUACAUUGCGGCUCUCAGAGGCAAGCCGUAUAUUGCCCCAGUAUCACCGUGGUUCUCCACGCACUUUGGUCCCGAGGUUCCAUACUCCAAGAACUGGGUGUUUCCCUCCGACACUCUCUGGUACGACCGGUGGCAGCAGAUUCUUUCCCUUCAGCCGCGCUUUCUUGAGAUCGUCACAUGGAAUGAUUACGGCGAGAGUCAUUACGUCGGACGUCUUGACAGCCCGCACGGUGAUGACGGCAACUCCAAAUGGGUCUACGGAUUCCCCCACAACGGGUGGCUCGAUAUGGCACAGCCGUUCAUCAAGGCGUUCCGUGCCGGCGCUAGUGACCCCAAGCCAUACAUCACAGAGGACAAGGUCGUCUACUGGUUCCGUCCAACUCUCAGGGGUAUCAACUGCGAUGCGACAGAUACCACGAUGAGCGAUGCCAGCAACUCUUCUGGCAACUACUUCAAGGGCAGGCCGGACGGCUGGCAGACCAUGGAGGACAAGGUAUACAUCGUGACGCUACUCAAGGAGGCCGCGUCUUUAAUGGUCAAUGUUGCCGGCAACAGUAUAACUUUCCAAGCUCCUGCUGGCGCUGCCAAAUUCUCCGUCGACAUGAAGCCGGGCACGGUCGCUUUCAAUCUGGCUCGCGGAGGAUCUUCCAUUCAUUCCGAAACUGCGGGCAUGCAGAUUUUGGAUCAGUGUCCCUGCGGUAUUUACAAUUUCAACCCUUACGUCGGAACCAUCCCAGCAGGACGCCCAGACGAGCUUCUCCCGGCAGCUUAUUCGUCCAUUCAUGCCGGCUUGAAGGUUAGCACAUGUGGGCCGAGUGGCAUGAAGAGAACGGCGGCGCCACUUGCCGAUGUGGUAGCUCCUGCAAAGGCAACUCCCUCUGCUUGA